AUGGAGGCACAGAUAAAUCAAAACCAUCAGGUAAAGAAGGACAGAGCUCCACUUGUGUGCCAGCCUUUUUGGUUCCCUCCAUCCGAGGUAGACUUCGGGUACCGCGAGCACAGCCCGACGGGGCCCGAGAACUGGGGCCGCCUGGACCCGGCCUGGGCCACCUGCAGCGCGGGCCGCGAGCAGUCGCCCGUCCACAUCCGCACCGACGGCCGACGCGCCCGGCGCGACCUCCCGGCGCUCCCGGCGCUCAACUUCUCAUCGUACGCCCCGUCGCCGGCCGUCCUCUUCAGCGACGGGCACGCCCUCACGGUGGACGUCGUCGCGGGCGCGGGGAGCCUGUGGGUCGACGGUCGCGAGUACGAGCUGCGCCACUUCCACUUCCACUCGCCCAGCGAGCACGUGAUCGACGGCGUGCGCCCGCCGUUGGAGAUGCACAUGGUGCACGAGAGCCUCGACGGCGACGUGGACGUCGACGGCGGGACGACGGCGAGGCUGGCGGUGAUCGGGGUGCCGUUCAAGGACGGGCCGCCGAGUCCCUUCCUGGACGAGUUCUGGCGCGAGGUGCCGAGGCUGGCGCUUGUUGGCGCCGGGGUGGCGCUAGACAUCGGGCUCCUGGUGGUCGAUGCGCCGCACUUGCGCCUGGGCCCCGACUACGCGCGCUACCGCGGCUCGCUGACCACGCCGCCCUGCACGCAGGACGUGCUCUGGACCGUGUCGCUUGACCACUGGAACACCAUCUCGCCCGAUCAGAUUCGCGCCUUCCGCCAGAUCCUCCCCGAGCCCAGCGCUCGGCCCACUCAGAAGCUCCACGGCCGCCAUGUCUACCUGCACGCCGCCACCGAAUCCAGCCCCUGA